AUGCCGGGAGGCAUCUGGUCAGCUCCAAUAGUUGAAGAAAUUAUGGUCGAAAAAUUGGAUUGUUCUGAACAUGGAAACAGACCUUGCUCAGAAAAUGAGAGGGCACUGGGCGUCCCAGCCGCCCUGUAUUCGUUUACGGCGGGAGCCAUAUUCAUCACGGUGUUUGGCAAUCUUGCCAUGAUAACUUCCAUUUCCUUCAGGCAGCUUCACACACCAACCAACUUCCUCAUCCUCUCCAUGGUGGUCACAGACUUCCUCCUGGGGUUCACCAUCAUGCCAUACAGUGUGAUCAGAUCGGUGGAGAACUGCUGGUAUUUCAGGCUUACAUUUUGCAAGAUUCAUUAUAGUUUUGACAUGAUGCUUAGCAUAACGUCCAUUUUCCAUCUUUGCUCCGUGGCCAUUGAUAGAUUUUAUGCUUUCUGUUACCCUUUGCAUUAUUCCACCAAAAUGACGGUUCCAGUCACUAAACGGUUGCUACUUCUCUGCUGGUCAGUCCCCGGAGCAUUUGCACUCGGAGUGGUCUUCUCAGAGGCCUACGCUGAUGGGAUAGAAGGCUAUGAUAUCUCGGUGGCUUGUUCCAGUUCCUGCCCAGUGAUGUUCAACAAGCUAUGGGACACCAUCUUGUUUAUGGCGGAUUUCUUCACGCCUGCUAUGAUGGUGGGGAUUUAUGGCAAAAUUUUUGCUGUAUCCAGAAAACACGCUCGUGCAAUCAAUAACUUGGCAGAAAAUCAAAAUAAUCAAAUGAAGAAAGACAAAAAAGCAGCCAAAACUUUAGGAAUAGUGAUGAGUGUUUUCUUAUUAUGCUGGUUUCCCUGUUUCUUCACAAUUUUAUUGGAUCCCUUUUUGAACUUCUCCGCUCCUAUAGUUUUGUUCAACGCUUUGACAUGGUUUGGCUAUUUUAACUCCACGUGUAAUCCUUUAAUAUAUGGUUUCUUUUAUCCCUGGUUUCGCAGAGCGCUUAAGUACAUUUUGCUAGGUAAAAUUUUCAGCUCACAUUUCUGUGAUACUAAUUUGUUUACUCAAAAAGGAACUGAAUAG